GGGCUGUUGGCAUACUGCAUGCCCAUUUGAUUACAUCACUUGUACUCAAAUUGAAGACUGAAUCGGAUGAAAUCCAGGAGCUAAUCCUCGACACACUCUCCCACUGUCUCCAUGUGGAGGCUUCUGAAGCUCUACCAACUGGUGCCGUUACUAUCCUGAAGGAAAAACUCACACACUCAUCAGUGGCCAUCAGAAGCAAAGCAGCUUGGGUCCUAUUGGCAAUUGGUACUCAUCCAGAGGGAAAAAACGUUGUAUGUGAAGAAGUUGUCCCCGUGCUGGUGAGCCUGUUGGAAGAUACAGAUCCUGAAGUCCAAGCUAGUGCAGCAGGAGCACUGAUGUUUGCUACGAUUAAACCUCAGGGCAGAUUCUCAGCCCUGAGUGCUGAAGCCAUUCCACCUUUACUCAAGCUGGUUGCUGAGGAAACCAGCACAGCCCGUCUGAGUGCCAUCAAAACCCUCACCAUGCUGGCUGAGCUACCAGAGGGCCGCAAGACUCUCCUAGAGCAUGCAGACACCUUUCAGCAGUGUCUGAAUGAUCCCCGAGAGGCAGUGACAAGAGCUGCAGAGACUGCCAUCAGUGUCAUCAGAUGGAAACCUUUCUGA